ACCCGUAUCCGGGUGCUCCGGGCGACCAAGAUGGCGCUGGCUAUAGAAACUCGGGUACUCGCAGCGGCCGGAGCCGGGCCCGGGAACCCCACACCGGGUACCGACUAGCGCUGUUCUAGCCACGGGGCUGCGUUCGAGCGUUCGCAGUUCCCCUGACCUCAGGGGACACCUACGUCCUUCCUCCCCGGCGCGUCCAUGAACUCCGUGUCGCCGGCCGCGGCGCAGUACCGCAGCCGCAGCGGGAGCCCGGAGGACGCGCGCCGGCCCGAGGGUCGCCGGCCGAGGGGACAAACCCGGAUCCCGGAUCCCAACAGCCUGGGACCUUCGGGGUCGGGCGGGGCAGCUCUAGGCUCAUCUGGAACCGACCCCGCCGAGCCUGACGAGGUGGACAAGUUCAAAGCCAAGUUCCUGACAGCCUGGAACAACGUCAAGUACGACUGGAGGUGGGUGGAGGGCACAGAAGUAGCUUCUUCUGAGAUGCCAGGACGUGCCUCUCCCAGCCGCUACCAAGGGCCUGGUCGUCGUGUGCCCCCACGGUGGACCCAGGGUACACUGGAGAUGGAGCAGGAUCGUUGGCACCGGCGGAUUGUGUCCUGGUUUGCUGACCAUCCCCAGGCCCCCUUUGGGCUACAUCGGCUAGUGGAACAUGGGCAGAGCUCUGGCAAGAAGGCAGGAGACUGGUACGGGCCCUCUGUGGUGGCACACAUCCUCAGGAAAGCUGUGGAGAGUUGCUCGGAGGUCACCCACCUGGCGGUGUACGUCUCUCAGGACUGCACAGUGUACAAGGCAGAUGUGGCACGCCUGGUGUCGUGGCCAGACCCCACAGCCGAGUGGAAGUCUGUGGUUAUCCUGGUGCCUGUACGACUGGGUGGUGAGACCCUUAACCCCGUGUAUGUGCCCUGUGUGAAGGAGCUUCUGCGAUCAGAACUCUGCCUGGGCAUCAUGGGGGGCAAGCCCCGGCAUUCACUGUACUUCAUUGGCUACCAGGAUGACUUCCUGCUCUACUUGGAUCCCCACUACUGCCAGCCUACUGUGGAUGUCAGCCAGGCUGACUUUCCCCUGGAGUCCUUUCACUGCACCUCACCUCGCAAGAUGGCCUUUGCCAAGAUGGACCCCAGCUGCACCGUCGGGUUCUACGCUGGGAACAGGAAGGAGUUUGAGACUCUCUGCUCGGAGCUGAUGAGGAUCCUCAGCUCCUCCUCAGCCACAGAGCGAUACCCCAUGUUCACUGUGGCUGAGGGCCACGCUCAGGACCACAGCCUGGAUGCCCUCUGCACCCAGCUCUCACAGCCCACAUUGCGGCUGCCUUGCACAGGACGCCUCCUGAAGGCCAAACGGCCCAGCUCUGAGGACUUUGUGUUUUUAUAGUGGGAAGGGAUGGGGAAAGAUGCCAGACUAUUUAUUUUUUUAUUUAUGUCAUGUCAGGUAUGGGAUCUGGAACUCCGAUGGCAGUGCUGGAUUCCCUGUCCUCAUGUCCCCCAUCCUCCCAAACACAGCUGAGACCUGUCUAGGCCCCCAGGUUGGGGCUGUGCCCUUUAGCUGCCCCCAAGCCCCCUCAGGAGCCAGGGAUGGAGAGUGGGCUCCAGGGCACUCACUCAGGGCCUGAUUCAAGUUCUGUAGCCUGCACUGGAUCACUGUACUCACUGGUCCCAAAGCCCCUGUCCUGGAGAACCGACUGACUGCUGGGUGGAGGCUGAUAAAGAUGCAGACUUGAA